AUGAUGGAGGCCUCGCAGGUCCUCGCGGCGACGCAGCAGGGCGUCGCUUUCGCCGUGUGUAGCAUCGCCGAGGCCUUCUAUAGCUCCCAGAGCCUCGGAGACGGCCGCAAGGGCAGCCCGAACCUCCUCCUAUCCGGCGCCCUCUCCGCAGGCGUCGGCGUCGGCACGCUGCUGCUCAACGCGGGCGGCGACCAGAUGCUCUUCGGGUCGCUGGCGGCGCUCGCGUGCUCCGGGAUCCUGUGCUCGGUGAACCUGAGCCGCGCGCAAGUCGUAGAGGGGCGAAAGGACGACUGGCCCGGGCCCAAGGUGUGGCCGGCGACGAUGCUGCUGAUCAGCUUCUUCUCCGCGAACGUCUUCUUCCAGGCGUGCCGGGCGAUCCUCGAAGUCUAG